GACGGAAUCAUCCGCGCAGUUGCAAUUAUUUUUUAAUUCAGUUAACAAAAUUUCUGCGACAUCCGGUUGGUUAAUCCAGAGUAACGCCACUGUUACUCUGACCAUCAUAUGCACAGCGUGUCUGAACUUUUGCGAGGAAUGACGCAUUUCAUAACAUAUUUCCAAACCGUAAUCUUAUCACUUGUAAAUUAAAAUUGAUUAAUGGACUGUAUCCAAUAAAAAGAAAGAGAAUAUACCGCCGAGAUGAUUGUCCCGUAUGUUUGCAAUAGAAGGCUGGUAGUGUGUAGAUUGUAAAUGUUCUUUGCCGCGUGCACCACGUGGUUUCCAGUAGCUGGUAGCUGAGAUAUAGUUAUGAGCCGACCUUUGCGGUGCUCGUAUCGGUUCUUCAUUGAGAUUUAAAUUACUCUUUCUCUUCUACUUAUCGAUAACACAUUCGUGCGAUGACCGUAGGCUCUUAUAAAACAUAUUUCAAGUUCUACUCUCAUUAGGUAGGAGACUGUGCAUCUUUCCGCGAACUUUCAAUUCUCGCGGCUAAAAGCCGACGAAAUUGGAAAAUUAUUGGAAUCAAGGUAUUUCUUCCUAAACGUAUUAAACGAAUAAUUUCUUCUCUCGAAAUGAAUCACGACGUUUAAAGAGAGACACCGAGGCAGGUCACAUUUCGCAAAGUAAUUACAAAUUAAAUCGCGACCACGAAUGCCUUUUAAACGAGUUUUAUAAUUUUUGUGGAUUAUAACGUUUGAAGUUACUUGCACGAGGGAUCUAGAAAUUUGAAUUGCAUUGCAAACCUGUUCAAUUGUUUUACACGCAUCGGAACGUAUUGCAUCGUUAGCUAAGAAGCGAGUCAGUGAACUGUCCUCGGCGAAUAUCGUCUGUGGUUACUUAACGUAUUGCAGUAGAAAGUUGGCGUUUGCCGUGGUCGAAGUGCAGUCGUUUGUACUGAUAUUUUCAUUUCCGAAGGCGUUUUGUAAACGUUUUCGAUCGUGACGGAUCGUGGUGUAGUGCGGAAAGGGUAACCGUCGGACCGGUCGGAUCUAUGGAUUUCGAAGAAGCGACCAGUAGGGUUUUUUCAAGAUUCACGUGUUUCAUUCAAAGUUCAUACGUUUGUCGAAGUGAAUAAAGGGUGAUCGAAAUGAGAACGAGCAGUUGAGCAGUGACCAACACGCUUUCGUAGAUAAACAAAAUAACAGACUCAGCAGAUAGUUUACUUUUCAUCCGGUGAGGAAAACAUCGCGUGAAGAUGGACGGUUUCAUUGAGGUUUUUCUCUUCUUCGGAGUCCUCUUUUAUUUCUUCAACUUCAGGGCUUCCAAUAUGGUUGAUAUAGUCUCAACGCGUUUGCAAGAAGUUUAUGCGAAUUGGGAGACCAGGACGGAAGUGAAGCGAAAUCCAGAAUCGGCUCGAUAUUCGAUAGACGAGCUACGACGUAUUGGACAACAGUCCUAUAGGAAAAAGAUACAUGACAGGGAACAAGCGAGGAAGAUCCGACAGAAUUCUCUGUUUAGAAUUAAGGAAACUGAGCCGUUCUCUCCGUUAGUUAAAAAUAAACCUUCCUUCUUGCAUUACUGUUGUAACAGUUGUACUCCUGCGUCUAGAAAUUUGUUGGUGAACACCAUUAACAAGCAACAUAUGCCUUUUGGUCAAAAUUUAUUAGUAGUCAAUCCAGGCGUAUCACUGUUCUCCAAAGUAUUUUAUUAUAUUUCGCACGUUUCCAAUCUUAAGGAGUAUGAUUAUCCUAAAGUAACGCAAACAGUCUUAGAAGAUGAGAGAUUGAAAGAUGCGAUUAAACUCGCUGCUUGGGAAACAGCUAGCAAUGAGAACUGCAGCGAGAAAGAUGCCUUGGCAAAGGCAAAGGCUAGAGCUAAAACUAUUUUGGAAAAUAUGGAAGCCAAAUCCAGUAAUUUGUUACUUAAGAUAACUACAUGGCUUCUAUACAAAUUGCUGCCGUGUUUUAUCAAAUCUGCUGUAGUAUUACCUUCUCAGAUAGAAAUGUUAAAUAAAGCAAACGAGGCUGGUCUUCCUUUAAUAUUGUUACCUUUACAUCGUAGUCAUCUAGAUUACAUCAUGAUGAGCUUCAUUCUCGUCGUGAACAACAUCAGAACUCCAUUAAUUGCAGCUGGUGAUAAUUUGAGAAUCCCAUUCUUUGGGAGGAUCUUGCGCUGCUUGGGCGCGUUUUUCAUAAAACGUCGAAUUGACCCUGUAGCAGGUCGCAAGGAUGUUCUUUAUCGUGCCACUCUUCACACCUACAUAAUGGAGAGCUUAAGGGCAGGUCAUAAUAUAGAAGUUUUUAUAGAGGGUGGACGAACCAGAACAGGGAAACCGUGUAUGCCUAAAGGUGGUAUUUUGAGUGUAAUUCUGGACGCGUAUAUGGAUGGAAUCAUCGAAGAUGCACUAUUAGUACCUGUUGCGAUAAAUUAUGAUCGUCUUGUCGAUGGAAACUUUGUUAGAGAACAGCUGGGUCAGCCGAAGAAAAUGGAAACAUUUCUAUCUACGAUCAAAGCUAUAUGGUCAACUUUAAGAGGAGACUACGGCAUUGUCAAAGUCGAUUUUUGCCAGCCUUUUUCGCUUAGGGAAAUGUUAAAAUAUUUCCAAAAUCAACAAAACAAAUUGGUAAAAACGCCUCCGAGUCAAAAGACUUUAAAGUCCACGAUGUCCAGUUCUUCAUUAUAUGGUACAGAUGUUAUUGCAGAAGAAUACCGUCUAUUGGUUGACAGUAUUGCGCGUCACGUUGUAUACGAUUGCACUAGCUCGAUGCCGAUAAUGUCGACAAACGUCGUUGCAUUCUUGCUUUUAAAUAAGUUUCGAGACGGUUGCACUUUAGACAAAUUGGUUGAAGCAUUUGACGCAAUGAGGAAUGAUUUAGAAGUCCGCGAUAAAGAUGUUGCAUUUUGCGGAGAAAGUAUUGAUAUUGUUAAUCACGCUUUGGACAUUUUAGGUCCGGGCUUAGUGAAGCAACAACGUCAAGAAAUUACAGAAGCAGUCGAUGGACAGCUAGUUAAAUCAAAUUUCAUUACUGCCAUCCGUCCCGUAUCGAUUUUACCAAAUGUGAUCGAGCUAUCUUAUUACAGCAAUACAGUGUUGACGUGUUACAUUAUGGACAGUGUAGUAGUAACGUCGUUGUAUGCUGAAUUGCAAUCACAGAUACAUGAUUCAAUGGCCAUUACCGAAAACAAUAUUACAGUGUCCAAAAAUCGUUUGAUAGAAAGAUCGCUUAAGCUUUGUGAUAUUCUUAAGUACGAAUUUAUUUUUUGCAAACCGUGUCAAGAGAUAGAACAUCUUAUUGCAGAGACUAUAGAUAAUCUCUCGUAUACCGACAUGAUUAAUUUAGUAGAGGAGGUUCAUUUACAAGAAGAAGAGUGGAGUAAGAGGUACGCACGGAACUUUGAUGACAGUUCAGAUGAGGAAUACCAUAAUACUAAACCUAGGGACGCUCAAUACAAAGUGAACUUAAUAUCAGAGCACGCACAACGUAUGGAGUUUCUCCAUGUAUUAUUGCGACCAUUAAUCGACACGUAUACCUUUAGCGCGUUUACUCUUAGGAAGUUAGUGGGACGAUCGCUCGCCGAGAGAGAUUUAGUUCAAGAAGUUCUAAGCGAGUUGAAAACAAAUUUAGAUCGCGGCAUAGUAAAUUAUGGUGAAAGUUUAUGCGUCGAUCCGAUAAAGAAUUCCUUAAAAUUAUUCGAAAAGUGGAACGUCUUGGAGUGUCACUCGCAAGAGAACGUGAAAAUCUUCUACUUGAAGGAUGAGUACGAUACAGAUUCGGCUACAACGAAAAUUUUCGAUACAAUAGCAACUUUCAAGUGGACGAGAAACGUAGAUUAAGAAGUACCCAAGCAGAUGUCCAUAGUGCACUAUUUUUAUAUGAAAAAACGAUUGUUAUAAAGCCUUGUACAUAGUGGUUUCUAAGUAUAAAGCUAAGUUUAAAGCAAGAUGUGUGAUUAACGUAAGAUUAAAGCAAGUACAUGUUAAGAUCUACAUAUUAAUGCAAUAGAAUGUUGUAAAGUUAUGACUGCUUGAUCAGGUGUAUGUGUUCUGCGUUGGAUGGUUAAUGUGAUAUUAUUGUACAUCAAAAGUAGAUUUAUCUCGUUAAUAAAAGUAAUCGUACGUACUACUAAA